AUGGUCGUCGCUACUAUCAAGUGUGUUGUCGUCGGUGACGGUGCGGUCGGAAAGACAUGCCUUCUCAUCAGCUACACGACGAACAAGUUCCCCUCCGAAUACGUUCCGACCGUCUUCGAUAACUAUGCCGUCACUGUUAUGAUCGGUGACGAGCCUUACACACUGGGACUGUUCGAUACCGCCGGUCAGGAAGAUUACGACAGACUCCGCCCCCUUUCCUAUCCCCAGACCGACGUCUUCCUCGUCUGCUUCAGCGUCACAUCACCUGCCUCCUUCGAGAACGUCCGCGAGAAGUGGUUCCCCGAGGUACAUCACCACUGCCCCGGCGUCCCUUGCCUUAUCGUCGGCACCCAGGUCGAUCUGCGCGAGGACCCCAGCGUCCGCGAGAAGCUUUCUAAGCAGAAGAUGUCUCCGGUACGGAAAGAGGACGGCGAGCGGAUGGCAAAGGACUUGGGUGCGGUCAAGUACGUCGAGUGCAGUGCUCUGACGCAGUACAAGCUGAAGGACGUCUUUGACGAGGCAAUUGUUGCGGCUCUGGAGCCUCCUGCCCCGAAGAAGAAGUCACACAAGUGUCUUGUGCUUUGA